AUGACCCUCCGCCUCCUCUGCUUACUCUUCAUAUCAGUGUCAGUGAGUGAGACAAAGCUCCAGUGUGCGGAGGGGCAGAGCGGGCCCACACAUGAGUCCAUGAAUUCCGUCUUCGACCUCCAGUCUUUUCGACCGGUGGUGAACCUCAGCAACCCGACCAUCGCCAAUAUCUCCUUCACGCUCUACGCCGUGUUGGGAGUGAACGAGAAGGCACAGAUUCUCACCACUUUUCUCUGGCUUCGAUUGUACUGGCACCAUGAGUUCCUCAUUUGGGAUCCGGAUGAGUGUGAUGGCGUUACCAGAAUAUCUCUCCCCGUGAAGCAGCUGUGGUCUCCAGACAUCAUCGUCUAUGAAUUUGUGGACGACGAUGUGUCCCAGGCCUGUCCUUUUGUCUACGUCAACCACACGGGACACAUCCGCUGGGACAGGAUGCUUCGUCUGGUCUCAGCCUGUAACCUGGAGAUCUUCAGUUUUCCUUUUGACAUUCAGAAUUGCACCUUCACUUUUGGCUCUUACAUGCACACCAUUCGAGACGUGCGAGUCAGUCCUGCUCUCACGUUUGAGGAGAUGUCGGUAAACUCCAAGCGUUACCUGGAGGCCAGUGGGGAGUGGGAGCUGGUGGACAUCCUGGGAGAGACCUCCAUCCUGCAGUUUGGCAUCGACGAGUGGGACAUCAUCACAUUCUGGGUGGUCAUCAAGCGCCGUCCGGUCCUGUAUGUGGUGAACCUCCUGAUCCCCAGCUCCUUCCUCAUGAUCAUCGACAUCCUGUCCUUUUACCUUCCUCCGCACAGUGUGGACCGCGCCUCCUUUAAGAUGACCCUCAUCUUGGGCUACACUGUCUUCCUCCUCAUUAUGAACGACCUGCUGCCCAGUACGGCCAAUGGCACGCCCAUUAUAGGUAUCUACUUCUCUGUUUGUCUGGCCCUGAUGGUCAUCAGUCUGCUGGAAACGGUCAUCAUCACCAACGUUCUCCACCACAACAACAUGAAAUACAAGGAGGUGCCAAAGUGGGUGGAAACAGUGGUGCUGAAACACAUCGCUCGCCUCAUCUGUUACCGCUGGCCACAAGAUGUUGCUCCUCCAGCAAAAGAAGAAGAUAAACCCAAUAAUCUUAAUCUCACUUCGAUCCCAUCAGAAACCCAAACAGAAAACAAUGUUCCUGCAACACACCCAGGCGCCUAUGCAGGGCUGUCGUCGCCGCCGGAGCUGCAGCAGAUCUGUCAGUAUGUGGGGGAUCUACGUUCUCAUCUUCACUCUCUGCAGCGGGAGGGCGAGCUUCAGGACCGGUGGUGUCACGUGGGGUACGUGCUGGAUUACCUCCUCUUCCGCAUCUACCUGCUGCUCAUCUCCUGCUACGCCAUGGUCAUCAUCUGCAUGUGGUGCAUCUGGAUCAGCCAGGACUAG